ACAGAAGUAAAGCUUUUUGUUUCAUGCUGAGAAUCUCGACUGAUGAUGAUCUCCUGCUCAGAAAUCGGGCACUCUGCUGCUAUAAUCCUGAUACUCAACACCUUCUGCGCCUUUUCACAAAUUGCCCAUGAAGUUGUCUAUGUUAUCGGCUGCUUUGACAAUGGUAGAACUGAGGUGCAGAUUGAAUUUGAUGCUGAAGAGAUUUUGUACGUGGACUUUGAAAGACAGGAGCUUGUAUACACUGUGCCCACUUUUCUCGUGCUGGACCCAAGGGAAAUGUUUGAGGACAUAGGUGUAUAUAAUGAUGCUAUGAAAGCCAAGAACACGUGUUCAGCAAUUGUUGCAUACUUCAUAGCAGAGGAGAAAAAUCCACCAGAAGAGAGAGAACCCCCUGAGAGUACCCUCUACUCUGCUGAAGAAGUUCAGGUGGGAGUUGAAAACAGCCUCAUCUGCUUUGUGAAUCAUUUCUACCCACCUUCCAUCAAAGUCAGCUGGACUAAAAAUGGCCGUCCGGUGUUGGACGGGGUGUCAAUCAGUCGAUAUUAUCCCAAUAAUGAUCAGACCUUCUUCCAGUUCUCAACCCUGACAUUCAUACCAAGUGAAGGGGACAUUUACAGCUGCACUGUGGAGCACUCAGCCCUGGAGAGGCCUAAAACAAGGAUCUGGGAACCUGAGUUUAGUCAUCAAAGUCAUGGACCAGAUGUUUUCUGUGGAGUGGGUCUGACUCUGGGCUUAUUGGGGAUCGCGGCUGGAACAUUUUUAUUUGUCAAAAGACACCAUGGAAGUUCACUGUGAAACACAUCUGCUUGUGGAGGAAGGGCAUCGGCUGUGUUUCAACAUGUAAUUUACAUGUAGACAGAAUUUAACACAGACUAAAGUAACUUUAAAUUAAGAACAGAAAUGGAAACGAUAAUACUUUACUUUUAAGCCUAAAGUAAAGUGAGAUGCUACGAGAGGUCUGCAUCUGCAGCUUCUUGCUAUGGAACAGUGCUAUCUACAAUUAUAUCAGGGAUUACAGGAAUCCACUUUUUAUCAUAAGAAGUGUUUUAGAUUAACACAUUGAAUGUAAAAGGGUCUCAUAUCUUGUAUGUAACACUUACGUAACUAUUUAAUUUCUUCAUAAUUUAUUUACCACUGUUUCAGUGUGCCUUCUAGGUUAUUGCAGUGUUGUGUAUUCAAAUAUUACCAUGUAAUAUAAAAUGUAUUGAAAUAAAGACUUCAACUGUACCUGGGAAACUGGGGUCAAAUUCC